CUCUGUCUUCCUCGUACUUGUGUUAUAGUUUUUGUUUUAUUUCACCGUAGAUUGCUGUUUUCCUUGGAAGUAUGAAACAAAUUUACAUAGUUACCGUUAAUUUCCUGAGCUAAUUGAAGUCACUUGAAGCUUUUAUUUUGAGUUUUUGAUGACAUUCAUUAGUUGCAUUUCACUGGGUUGUUUUAGGAGAACACUAAACAUGCCUCCCAUACCCAAGCUUCACUCUUUCGGCUCCCCGCAUAACGAAAAUCGCCUAAAGAGUUACUUAUCGAAUUUCAUGUCCCAAUGUAAAGUGUUUCACUUUGUUCAUUCCGUCGUAGAAUCCCCUUCAUUAAUUGAAAUUGAAACGCCCAGCGAACUAGCGUUUAAUGUGCAAAAUGUUCUAAAGACUUAUAGAGACAGCCCAUUAAGGAAGGUUGAACUUGCUCUCACCCGAUGUAGCCCCGUUGUCACAGAAGAUCUAAUGUUGAAUGUGCUGAAGAGGCAUCGUUAUGAUUGGAAAUCAGCUUUUACGUUCUUCAAUUGGGUUGCUAAAGGUGGUCAAAUUCAAUUGGGAUCAAAUGCUUAUAAUGAGAUUCUGGACAUUCUUGGAAAAAUGAGACGCUUUGAUGAAUUGAUCCAAGUACUUGACACGAUGUCUAAGAGUGAGGGACUUGUCAAUGAGGAAACGUAUAGAGUUCUAGUUAAUAGAUAUGCUGCUGCACAUAAGGUCGAGGAGGCAAUUGAGGUUUUCAAUAGGAGGAGCGAUUUAGGGCUUGAGAUUGACUUGGCUGCAUUCCAGAAGCUUUUAAUGUGUUUAUGUAGGUAUAAGCAUGUAGAAAUUGCAGAGACUCUGCUUUAUUCUAAGGGAAGAGAUUUUGGCUUGGAUAUAAAGACGAUGAAUAUUGUUCUGAAUGGUUGGUGUGUGCUGGAUAAUGUUCGCGAGGCGAAGAGGUUUUGGAAAGAUAUAAUUGAGUCUAAAUGCAAACCGGAUUUGUUUACUUAUGGAACUUUUAUAAAAGCAUUGACCAAGAAGGGAAAAUUAGGCACAGCCAUGAAACUUUAUCGAGCAAUGUGGGAGAAACAAUGCAAACCAGAUGUGGUGAUCUGCAAUUGUAUAAUUGAUGCAUUGUGCUUCAAGAAGAGAAUUCCUGAGGCUCUGGAAGUUUUCAGGGAAAUGAGUGAGCGCGGUUGUAUACCGAAUGUGGCCACCUAUAACUCGCUCCUCAAGCAUUUAUCUAAAAUACGGAGGAUGGAGAAGGUUUAUGAGCUUCUGGAUGAAAUGCUGGAUAAGAAGGGGAGUUGCAUGCCGGAUAAUAUAACUCUAAACUACUUGCUCAAGUCAUUGAAGAAGCCAGAGGAAGUGCCUCUGCUUUUGGAAAGGAUGGAGAGAAAUGGAUGCAAGGUCAACAGUGACACAUAUAACUUGAUCUUGAAAUUGUACGUUGAUUGGGAUUGUGAGGCAAAAGUUGAAGAUACUUGGAAUGAUAUGGAGAAAUAUGGGUUGGGACCUGAUCGGCGAUCUUAUACUAUUAUGAUCCACUGGCUCUAUAACAAGGGAAGAAUUAACGAUGCUUUGAAAUACCUUAGGGAGAUGACAACCAAGGGAAUGGUCCCAGAGCCCAGGACUGAAAUUUUAGUCAGUGUUGUGAAUAGGAAAUCGAAAGAAAAUGACGCUAGCAAAGGGGAAAAGGUGCAAUAA